AUGGGGAUGAUAGGAGAGAAGAAUGAUGGCAUCUCUACCGAGAUGAAUAGAGAGAUGUCGGGCGACAUUACUAAAGCCGAGGAAGGUGUUGUCGCCUCAGAGCACCACGUAGACCUCCAUCGGGACCUCAAGGCUCGUCAUAUUACUAUGAUUGCUAUCGGAGGUGCCAUUGGUACAGGCCUCAUUAUUGGAACGGGAGAAGCUCUUGCGAAGGCUGGUCCUGCCGCGAUCUUGAUUUCCUAUUCCGUCGUCGGUCUUGUCGUCUAUACUGUUAUGUGCGGCCUGGGAGAAAUGGCUUCCUGGCUGCCCCUGUCUUCUGGUUUCACUGGUUAUGCUGUUCGAUUCUGUGACCCGUCUUUGGGAUUUGCUCUGGGAUGGACGUAUUGGUUCAAAUAUAUUAUUCUCACACCGAAUCAACUGACAGCCGGCGCGAUGGUCAUAAAAUAUUGGAUACCUCCAGAGAAAGUCAACGCAGGUGUUUGGAUCACGGUAUUUCUGGUGAUCAUUGUCAGCAUUAACUACUUUGGUGUGAAGUUUUUCGGUGAAUUUGAGUUCUGGCUAUCAUCGUUCAAGGUGAUUGUGAUCCUCGGCAUCAUCUUGCUCUCCUUCAUUUUGAUGCUGGGAGGUGGACCUGAUCACGACCGGAAAGGGUUCCGCUACUGGAAGGAGCCCGGCGCGUUCAACACGUAUAUCACUGACGGGGAUGCUGGACGGUUCUUCGCCUUCUGGUCUACUAUGGUUUCUGCAACUUUCGCGUAUCUGGGUACUGAGCUGAUCGGUGUAACCGUCGGCGAGGCUCAGAAUCCCAGGAGAACCAUUCCUCGCGCAAUCAAGCUUACCUUCUAUCGAAUUGUGGUCUUCUAUAUCACUAGUGUCCUGCUCGUGGGCACCCUUGUCCCAUAUAACUCAAAAGAGCUGAUCUUUGCCACCUCACAGUCCAGCUCGGCUGCUGCGUCGCCAUUCGUUGUGGCCGUUAUGCUUGCCGGGAUCCCGGUCCUUCCUCAUAUUCUCAAUGCAUGCAUCUUGCUCUUCGUCUUUUCCGCGUCAAACUCGGAUCUGUAUAUCGCUACCCGAACCAUCUAUGGUCUCUCUCGGGAAGGCAAGGCCCCAAAGUUCCUAUCGCGGACCGACUCGCGUGGUGUCCCGGUUUACGCCCUCAUUCUGUGUGCCCUUAUCGCCUGCCUGGCUUACAUGAAUGUGUCCAGCGAUUCGAAGGUCGUCUUCGGCUACUUCGUGGAUCUCGUCACAAUCUUCGGUCUCCUGGCCUGGAUCUCCUUGUUGGUCACGCACAUUUACUUCAUCCGUGCUCGCAAGGCCCAGAAUGUCCCCGAGGAAGACCUAGCCUACAAGGCCCCCUUCGGCGCCGUGGGCUCUUACAUCGCUCUCGCAUUCUGCAUUCUCAUCUGCUUCACCAAGAGUUACGACGUCUUCACCCACAACCCCAAGUGGGGCAACUUCAACUACAAGAAGUUCAUCACCGCCUAUCUGGGCAUUCCCCUCUAUUUGAUUCUGAUCUUUGGGUACAAGUUCGCUACCGGCGCCAAGGGCUAUAAGCCCGAAGAGGUCGACCUUUGGACGGGCAAGGACAUCAUCGAUCGUGAGGAGCAAGAGUUCUUGGCCCGCAAGGCUGUUCUGGAUGAGCAGCGUGGCAGGGGAAGCUGGUUUUACAGAACCUUUGUGUCGUGGCUAUUUUAG